AACGCGCUUCAGCGAUUCGUUUGUCAAGGUGGCACGGACUUGCUGUUUUGUUUUUCUGAUGUUAAUGGAGCAAGAGCCUAGUAUAUAUGACAAACGCCCUUCAGAAUAUGCUAGGCAGGACCAAAUAGAUUUGGUUUGGGUAAGGAUUUCUAAUGAGACGAAGGAAUCUGGAUCCAGGUGUGGUGGUUUGCCAUGGAAUGGCUGAUCAGUCAACUGCUUCUGUGAAGCAAGUUCAUAUGUUUUGUACCGGCUGACUGUAGUUGCAACACCCCGCUGCUGCGCUUGACCUCUGUGAUAAGUCUUUACUCAGAUAUGUUUGUUCCCAUGUCGAAAUGCCGCGAGUGAGAUACACAUUGGAACAGCGACUGUUCAUGUAUGAUACCUAUGUGAAGAGUGGCUGCGUAAGAACAGUAAGGAGAAGAUUUGCCCAUAAAUUUAAGAAUGUUACAAUUCCACACAGAAAAACUAUUCAUGCAAUUGUAAACAAAGUAAGACAGACAGGAUCAUUAUUGGACAAAAGGAGAACUGUAUCAAAAUGCCGAGUACUCACUGAAGAGAAAUUGGAUGAAAUUGGUGCUAGACUUGAACAUUUUCCUCAAAAAUCCCUCAGGCUUAUUGCACAGGAGACAGGGAUUUCAAAAACUUCAGCACGAAAUGCCACAAUACUCCUGAAUUUGAAGCCUAACAAGACAGCAGUGGUGCAUAAAUUGCAGUCAUGUGAUCCUGCUAACAGAGGAAUACAUGUGGGAAAACUGAGAGCAUAUAUACCUCCUACUGCAGUAUGGCGCAGAAUGGAAUUUGUUAACACAGAACCUGAUACAGAUAGUGAGAGAUUUCUGACAUCUCCUCCAAGUGGAAGUCAGCCAAAUAAUAUAAAGACAGAAGAGGAACCUGUGCUAAUGACAUUUCCAGUAAUGAGGUCCGAAAGUGAGGAGCGUUCCAAAUGUAAGCAGCACAAUCCGUGAUGUGCCACAAAAAUUCAUCUGAGUCUGCAGUUUCUCUUGAUAAAUAACUUCAUGAAGUAUCCCCAGAAGUUAAGGGGAGUGACAUUUGGUAAACAUGGAGACUAGCCAAUCCAACAACGUGCAGAGUGUGUCUCAAGUCCUGUUAUCCUGUUAGUUGAUAUGGAAAUUGGAAUGUAGCUGAUGAAUUACUAAUAUAUUGGUAUAUUAAUGAUAGAAA